CUGUCACCGCCGCGGAGUGUGGUCGUGUUGAGUUUCUUUCUCUGGUGUCGUGUGCGCUGGACCGAACAUGCGUGUUUCCUCGCCCCUUACCAUUCGAUGAUGAUCUGAACUUUUAACAAGGAAUAUGAGAUACACUGUGAAUCAAUACAGUGAAAAAGAUUAUUUUGAACAGUAAGCCAAAAAAAUAAGCAUCGACAAAUAGACAGUGAGUGUGUCCGGUUAAUAGCGUAAACUCGAGGGCGUGUAAAAGGGCAGCUGCUGGCGGCAAAAGCCUCUUCGAAGGUGAAACGCAGAAGAAAAGGCGCGGCGCACAGAUGGCGGAGGGGUCGCAGCGGGGCGACGACGAGUUCGGCUUCGUCCGGCGCGACUCGGGCGUGCUCGAGCGCGCCGUCCAGGGCGAAGGGCUGCGCGGCGCCGGAAGCGCAGGGGGGCCGCCGCCGCCGGAACAGGAAGCCGCCGCUUCCGGCCCCGCGGACAAGGGACGGCGCGCAGUCGCCCCCGCGCCAGCCGCAGGAACUACCAGGAGCACUGUGAGCAAGGCGACCAGCCUGCUCAAGAGGAUGUCGGCGUCGCAGCAGCCCAAGGAGGACGACCAGCUGCCGCAGAGCUUCCAGGUGAAGUACCUGGGGUCGCGCGACGCCCGCGGCCUGUGGGGCAUCAAGCACACGCGCCGGCCCGUCGACGCGCUGGUGGCCGCCGCCAAGGACCUGCCCCCGGGGGCGGUGCUGCCUCUGGUGCGGCUCACCGUGUCCCGGGACGGAGUCAGCCUGGGGCCGCUGGGGGCCGGGGGCGGCGGCGGAGGCGGCGCCAGGACCCACGCCAUCGACACCAUCUCGUACGGCGUGCAGGACCUGGUGUACACACGGGUCUUCUCCAUGAUCGUCGUGCGCGAGGCGAGCGCCGAGAGGAAGCAGCAGCACCCGUUCGAGUGCCACGCCUUCGUGUGCGAGAGCCGCAGCUCCGCGCGCCGCCUGACCUACGCGCUGGCCGCCGCCUUCAACGAGUACAGCAAGGUGGUGAAGGCCGGCGGGGGCGGUUCCGCCGCCUCCUCCUCCGCCGCCGCCGCCGCCGUGCGCAGGAAGUUCGCCAUCGACCUGCGCACGCCGGAGGAGAUCGAGGCGGAGCUCAACUCCAGCGAGCGGCCAGACGUCGACUCGGAGGCGUGAGAAGGGCCGACGACGCGCCGACGUGCGUCCCUUUUCCGUCGAGGAGGGAGGGACCCGGGGAGGAGGGAGGGAGGGAAAUCAAAAAUCCUUCCCCCCCCCCCCAACAAUCUCACUUGGUCAACCCAGAGAUGAUGACUAGAGCCACGGAAUUUUCGCGCAUUCAUUCAGUCGCAAGCUAGAAUGCAAACCUCCACACUCUCGCACUGUGUUCAUGAUUGGACCGCAGUCAUCUGGACACGCCCCUCCUCUACGACCGUGAGCCAACGAUGUCCAGCUAGGAGAAAUGUAGGCGAAUCAGGUAGUGCCAAAUAACAAUGAUAAAAAAAUGUUCUCGCUAAGAAAACGACCAAUUGGGAAAAGUAAACGUGGGUCGAGCACACCUAUAACUUUGAAUUCUAUCCUGAGGCCAGAGGAAUCCGCGAAAAUUUCCGGGACUCUAAUGGUGACCAUGUCAUUCAACUUCCCGCGAUCGGAACUCUUUUUUGAGCUCGCAGAAUUUACGCUCUCGCGCGACAGUCGUCGUCGUCGUCCGAGGAGUCAGUGGAUCGAGUACGGUCUGUGCCACGCAACUUGUCUCAAAAAGUAAAAUGAAACGUAUUUUAUUUAAUUGGUGAACUUUCGGGACCAAGGGCCGUGCUGGUCCCAGUAUCCACUCUGAAAUGGCCGCGCAGUCUUCUUUGUCGUGCACAGGACGACUAACUGUGGGAUUCGGGCGGCGAACGUAACAUUAUGUAAAUGUAGAGAUGAAGGCGUGAUGCAAGGCCCCUGAGUGCUUUCGAGAAUCUUGCGCUAAGGCGUUUCAUCUCUAAAAUCCACUCCUAAAACACUCGUUUCGGCCAUUUUAACUCCCCUGAAAAUACAGUAAAAAAAAUAUACUCAUCCACCCUCAGAGUACAUUUAAUUUUAUUUUUUUUUUGUAAACUGACUCCACUCCGAUAUCUCGAACAGAUUUUAAAUAGUGUUGUUUCUUCUGAAGCGCUGCGCCAGGGUGGACGGGGUCCUUAAUAAAGUUUCAACGGUAAUGCCAAAUGUGGACUCCAACCCGGCCAAGAUCGACAGCUAGAAUCCAAACCAGGAAAAAUAUCUGAACGCGAGCGGCUAGAAUGGAGCCGCAUCACAGAAUGUCGGGUGAAAGGAUCUUUCACUGGAAGUACCAAUGGUGUAUGUAAGUUUUCCUUCUGUUUGUCCUGUCGACAGUGUGUUUGAACGGCUUCACGUGAUCGUCAGAGUUCGUAAAAAAAAAACCACGCGAUGUUUCGCAUGCGACAGUUAGGAAAUGGGUACUCCUGGUACUUUCUUUAGAGAACUGUCAAAUUUGAGACGGGUUACGUAACACAGACGAUAUAGGUAUACAACUCUGAGGAGAGGAGUAAAUAUUAGCGGUUUCAUUUCACGAUGUAUUAAAAUUUAAGCACGCCUAGUGUAACCUUUAAGCCGGCGGAGAAAUCCUUCAGUGGAAGCGAGUUCCGAAACACAGUCGCCGUUGUCAUGACGUCACACAAGCCAGCAGCUACAAGCACGAGUUAGGUACACUUUUAAAAAAAUUUCAUCUCGAUUUACUAAGACCUCUGGUUGCAAAGUAUCCAGGGAUUCUUCGUUCACUUACUUUAAACAUUAAUGCACAAGGAAAAAAAAUCUUCGUGAGUAAGUGAAACCAUAAAACAACUGUUUAAGACUACUGCAAAAAAACACAAUCGUUUCUUCAACGUGUGUGUUUAUCCUGUUGGUACCGAUGAACGUAAUACGCGAGGGUCAAAACACGGUGUUGUGUCUACAAAUAUUCAUUCAUCUGAAAUUAAGAACAACGCUUAGUUUAUUUGUAGUGAAUUCUUCAUUGGUAGGGACUUGAAAAAUUCGCGGGUUCAAUGACCUCCAGGAUGAACUCCAUAGUUCUACGUACACUUUGUCAAAUGCCACUCACUCGUUGGCUGCUGUCUUGUGAGACGUCCCAACGUAGCAGCCGGUGAUUCAAUAAAGCUUUGGUUGGGCGUUUCUCAUUGGCCCAGAGUCAUCCAGGUGAGUUGUGAGCCAAUAGCAGAGGCAGCACUGAGGUAUAACUAUUUGUAUUUUAGCCUAUCGCGAAAUGAUUUCGCGAUUUUUUCCGGUUUCUAUUCAUUGGAAAGUACAUAAAUUUACUGUGAUUUCUAACAGUGUGCGUACGCAAAAGUACCCCUUGGUCUGUCCUGGAGGUGAUCGAACCCGCGAUGUUUUCUUUGCUUCUAACCGCCCAGUGCCCUCGCUAACACGGAAAGGCGUGACGUAUAACUACGAACUGGGUGACGACACACCUACGAGCAUAGAAGAACUUUACACUCGCCGGGUCCCAGGAUUUAACGUCAAGGCGACAACAACUCAUGGCAUAAUUAUAACGGUUCUCAAUCAAAACACACAAAAAAAAAAGCCUAAACACAAGUCAUUCGCUGUUUUUUUUUUAUUAUUUUUUUUAGAAAUUUUUGAUAUGUAUCUUUACCCUGACAAAAUUAUUAGGUCCUCUAACUACAAAUUUUCAUAUAAUACCAUUCUAAAUUUUGCAAUGCUAUACUGAAUAAUCCUUCUAGUGAUAACUAGAGACCGGAAAAAUUCGCGAAUUCAUUUCGCGAUAGGCUAAAAUACAAAUAGUUAUACCUCAGUGCUGCCUCUGCUAUUGGCUCACAACUCACCUGGGUGACUCUGGGCCAAUGAGAAACGCCCGACCAAAGCUUUAUCGAAUCACAGGCUGCUACGUUUCGGCGUCUCACAAGACAACAGCCAAUGAGUGGGUGACAUUUGACCGAGUGUAGGUAGAACUAUGGAGUUCAUCCUGCAGGUCAUUGAACCCGCGAAUUUUUCCGGUACCUAGUGAUAACCAUUAAAAUUAAAUUAAAUAUGCUAUACUUUAGAAAAAUGCACAACUUAUGCUGAAACAAAAUUUUCAUCGGAUAGCUUAGACUAUUCAUUCUGUAACAAUAUGUGCUAUUCUAACUUGGAAAGUUAUACUAAAAGAUGGUCAUUUAAUUUCUUUAAAAAAAAACGUACAAGUACUUUUAUUAUAUUUUAAAGAUGCGUUCAGUAUUGUAUCGUUUUAAAAUCUUCCUGUGGAAAUUUGUAGUCAGAUUUUCUAAUAAUUUGAUUCAGAUUUGAUUGAUCUGAUAAUUUGAUGCCUGUAACUCGAAAAUCUAAACAAGAAAAAAGAUCGUAUUCAUGAACCGUCAUUAACUGGCCUAUCAUCAUUUCCCUGCGUGAAGUUUAUUUCCGGGAAAUUCUUCAUAUACCAAGCGUGCAAGCUGUGCAGAAGAAUAUUGUGGUGACCAGCAUAAAGGUGGACUCUCAUUUAUCCGUACGUGUCCGUACGUCCGUCCGUACCCGUCCGUCCGCCACCCGUCCGUAUUCGUCCAUACUUCAAAAAUUCGAGCGAUUCACAAUGAUCUGCUAGUGCGUCAAAUACCUUUCCAUUUUCAUAUUUCCAGGGGAAAUAGUGGAGAAAACGUUAUCUUGUACUGGUGGAUUAGGUUGACAAUCAUGAAAUGCAUGUACUUAUAAAUCAUCAAACUCAAUUUUUUUUUCACUCUGAUAUUUAUUUAUACAUUUUUCAGUUUUAAAAUACGUACUUAAUCACACUCUAUGUAUAGGUCAAUUUUUGUGUCAAACAUCAAACUUUAAAAUGUAUUUAAAGAACGUAAAUUGAAAACAUUUAAUGGUAGCAGCUAUAAAAAAAUAAACCUUUUAAGAUAGUAAAGAUUGCCGGCUUUUUGGAGGUUACAAUUUCAACCGCCUAUCCGUCGAAAGUUAAUGUUUGGUAAGAUUUCGACUGAUGGACGGCUGGAAUUUUUCCGGCCUUUUGAUUGACUUGACGUCGUGUAAUUGACGGACGGAUGGGAAACAGACGGAUGCGAUGGAUCAUUGCGAGUCCAGCUUAAAGCAAGUUUUUUUUAUUGCUGUUAUAACUGCUAAAAAAAAUUUGUCAUGGCGGAAAAAUCUUGCACGACUUUGAGGUUAUGCAUGUCCGAUUUUCAACGAUACGCUGAAGAAAAUUCUUUAAUGAAACAAGUUUAAAAAAAAUGUUAAACAUUAUUUCCUGAAAACAUCCAAUGCAGAAACAAAUAUAUAAUAUAUGCCUGCUGAGUUUCACGAAAACAAAAUUUCGCAUACUUUCGCAACCCAAGUUUCAUGAAAUAAGUAAUUAUGGUUUCAUGCAAUACAGUUUCGUAAGUUCUUUUUACAUGGAAAUUUCAAGUUCCAUUUGGAACCAUUGACAUUUUAAAAUAAAUAUUAUAAUUUGUGAAUUUUUUAGUUCUUUCUUCUUUCGUUGAGGAUUACAAAAAAUAUAUAUUUGUUUUAUCUUUGAGUCAUUCUGUAAAAAUAUUGUAAUCUAUUCUCAUAGACACUUAAUUCCUUUGCAACUACAUAACUUGUAUUAUAUCUGUCAAUAAUAAAAGGAUGAAUUCAGUAAAUUGUAUGUAAUAUUAUUUCGCAGGCACCAAUACAGGAUUAGCGGUUCCUCUUCUUUGUUGGACGACAUUGUUUUAAUAUAUUUUUAGUUUUAUUGGUGUGCGAUAGACUUAAAACUAAUAUUUGUUUCACUAAAUCUGUUUCUUCAGUGUGCGGCCCGCCUAAAUGAUGUUUCACACACACAGUGCACUUUGUUAAGUCCUGCGCCAAAUUAUUGGCAAAUAGUCAACAAUUUCAACAAAAGUUUGAUUGUGUUGGUUGGAGUACCAUGUGCAAAAUAAGCGCAUGUGUCAAUGUUCACAACUGACAUUGACAGUUCUGAUAGCAAAGCUUAGCCAAUGAUUGACUUUAACCAGCAUUUCCAUUUUCCCUGAUGUUACUUUUUUAUUGUAAUCAUGUGGGUAGUUAUAGGUCACUUAACUACGUCCUAAGUGAUACCAAAACAUCUGAAAACAGUGUAAAUUUUUUUAUUUAAUUUUAUUUUUAAGACGUGUUUAACAGGUUUGAUAUUUUGUUGUAGAGUUAUAAUAAAUAAUAUUAACAGAAACUAGAAACAUGUAGGGGUCUAUAUAUUUUUUUAAUCACAUUAAGAAUCCACCUUUAGGAAAAAAACCACAUUAUAAACGCUCACUGAUAAAAAAAAUUUUGCUGAAGUUAUAUUUUCAAUGGCGCAAAUAAUGGUUGUAAGUGUGUGUACCUUAUGCAUAUGUUUUUAUAUUUGAUAGUUGCUUGUCUGUUUUAUGCGUACGUAUGUUUGCAUGAUGUUUAUGAUGAAAAAAAGUGUUUAAAGAAAAUGCGUUUAGUUAAAAAAAUGUGAAGCGUGUGAGUUAAUUAACUAAGCACUGGAAUUUAAAUUAGCGGGACACUGUGCUGUGAAUAUUGACUUAUGUAUUGAUAUAUAAUAAAAUAUCCAUGUAUCUAAAUUCUUUAUUACGUGUGUGCGUAUUGUUUUGCAAUUUAUGUGUGAUUUUAUUUACUUGUUAGCUGUAGUUUGUAAGGUUUUAUGCUGUAAAUAUAAGUGUGUUUUGUUUCAGUA